UUUUCAUCAAGCUGAUGGGUGGUGAUGAGGCUCGACAAUCAUUGCUUUCAGAACAUUCCAAUGAGAAAAAUGACCUUCAAAGGAGAAAGCCUAGAGGUGGUGAUGUCUUGGAGAAGGAGAUCAAGAUCAAAGGAGAAAAUGAUGAACAAAAGCCUUUGAAUCCUCAACGUACAGAUGUAAAACCACUAGCAGAAUUCCAUUUCAGGCCAGUGUUGUUAUGGUUAGCUGCAUACCUAGGGGGAGGAACUAUUUGCUUCCUUCUCACACAGGAUCAGAUAAAGGGCAUAAAAACAAAUGGGUUUCUCGAUGCCAUUUACUUCUGUGUUGUAACAAUGACAACAGUUGGAUAUGGAGAUCUUGUGCCAGAUAGCCAACUGUCAAAACUUCUUGCUUGCGUUUACGUCUUCACUGGAAUGGCUCUUGUAGGGCUAAUUCUUAGCAAGGCAGCAGAUUAUAUUGUUGAAAAGCAGGAAAUAAUCUUAGUUAAAACCAUAUUCAAGGGUGAAAAUAUUGGUCCAGAACAGCUUUCCAAAGAGGUUGAAACCAACAAAGCUAAAUACAAACUCAUCCUCACAGCAUCCAUCUUUUUGGUGCUAAUGAUUGCGGGGACUAUUUUUCUCUAUUUUAUUGAAAAUCUAGAUUUUGUUGAUGCCUUUUAUUGUGUUUGUUCCACAGUCACUACUUUAGGUUAUGGUGAUAAGAGCUUUUCCACCACUUUUGGUCGUGCUUUUGCUGUGUUCUGGAUAUUGAGCAGCACCAUUUGCUUGGCUCAGUCUUUUGCUUAUAUUGCCGAACAUUAUACCGAAAAAAGACAAAGGUCCCUUGCAAAAAGGGUUCUUGCACGAAAAUUGUCCCACCUUGAUCUUGAGGCAGCUGAUCUUGAUGGAGAUCAUGUAGUCAGUGCUACAGAGUUCGUUUUGUAUAAGCUGAAGGAAAUGGGAAAGAUCAGCCAAGAUGAUAUUUUAGCUGUUCUGGAUAUUUUUAGACAACUAGAUUUUGAUCAAUCAGGAACACUGACAGAAGCUGAUCUCAGAUAUAACCCUGACUGAAGAGUGAGGUGAAUUAUUGACUGUUAUAUGGAAAUACUUUUUUGACUAUGAAGGUGAUCGAGGCAUGUAGU